GCAUAUAAAUAGCGCAUCCCGCCGAGAGAUGGCAUCAGUCGCUCACUAGCUCUCAAGCCGGGACCACCAAAAAACUCGCCAAAAUGAAAUCGUUCAUCGUAUUCGCCCUGAUCGUCGCGGCCGUGGCCGCCGCCCCCCAACGCAGCCCUGACGCUGACGCUCAGGUCCUCCGGUACGACGCUGAGAACAACGGCAUCGAUAGCUACCAAUACGCAGUUGAGACCUCCAACGGCAUUUCACAACAGGAACAAGGCCAGCUCCAGAACGCCGGCUCCGAAAACGAGGCUAUCUCCGUCCGCGGCUCCUUCUCCUACACCGGCCCCGAUGGCGUCGUCUACACCGUCACCUACAUCGCUGACGAGAACGGCUUCCAGCCCCAGGGCGCCCAUCUUCCAGUAGCCCCUUAAACUAGUCAAUCCCCACCCUUCUGUAGCAAUGCUGUGAUAAGAGCCCGGUUGUUAAUAAAGUUUUAGUUUUUUUGUU